CCGGCUUCCCCCCGCGUCCCCGCCGAUUCCCGAUCCGAGCGGGCCGGGGCUCGCCGGCCGUUUCUUCUGCCCGGGACCAACGCUCUGCCCCUCUCGCGGAGCCGGAGCCGCCGCCGCCGCCGCUGGUCUUUCGCCCAAUCUGCUUUGGCUCGUUGCCGCGAGGAGUUGUCCCGAGCCGUCGCUGGGUGGCCGCGCCGAAUUGCCGAGAGCUUUACCGGACUGUAGCCGAGUGACCGUUGCUCUUCGCCCCCGUCGCCUGACGCCGCGGCUUUUGAGCUCUUUUUUUUUGUCACGAUCAGACAUUGGGUUUGGAACUUACCUGUAUCAUCCCUGAUGACUUCCUCUGUGCAUGACAUCUCAGAAAAUGGGGAAGCUGAUGAACAGCAGAAACUUUCAGACCAGCAUGAGUCCUCCCCUGCAACUGGAGUGCCUCAUCCUAGUGUCACUUUGCCCAAUGUCCAAUAUGCAACACCUCCACAACUUGGAGCGGUACAUGCCAUGACACCACCUGCUUACCCAUAUCCAGACCCUUAUUAUCGAAGCAUCUUUGCUCCCUAUGAUGCGCAGUCGUACCCACAGCAGCCCUAUGGUGCGCAGCCUAUGGUCCAUCUGCAAUUAAUGGGAAUUCAACAAGCUGGAGUGCCUUUGCCAUCAGAUGCAGUUGAAGAACCUGUAUUUGUCAAUGCAAAACAAUAUCACGGCAUCAUGCGGCGUCGACAGUCUCGUGCAAAAGCUGAGUUAGAGAACAAAGCUCUUAAAUCACGAAAGCCGUACUUGCAUGAAUCUCGACAUUUGCAUGCGUUGAGAAGAGCUAGAGGAUGUGGCGGGCGGUUCCUGAACUCAAAGAAGGAUGAAAAUCAGCAGAGCGAGGUUUCUUCCGCUGACAAAUCACAGGCAAAUAUCAAUCUCAACUCUGAUAGAAGCGAUCGCUCAUCCUGAGAAGCAACUUCCCGAUCUCUGCAGAGUCAGUCUCUCUAGUUGGUAGUGUGAAUCUGCUUGUAGUUCUAAGGGAAACCUGCUGCAUAGAUGGUAGUUUCGAGUAGGUCUUCAGGCUGUUAUUGCUCGUACCUCUUCUGGCAUCAAGAGCUAGAUGUUCUAUUAGGCCAUUGCGCUCGAAUAUGUGCCUAGUUUGAGUUCGUAGAAAGAGAGUCGGAUUGUUCUUGUUUCAUUACGAUGCUCCGGCGGUGUAUCCUAGGAUAUGUUGGUGGUGGUAAUGUAUCAUUAGCCCUUGUAUAAAUUUAUUGUCAAAGAGAAUGGGACAAUAAGCUAAUAUGGUACCGAGCAGUGCUCAUGGUUUUGGUUGCACUACGCAAAAUGUUACCUUUACCGGAGGGGUGAAUAUCAAUGUUUAUUCUUUCUUUUUCCCAAA